AAUUCCAACCUCACAUCGAAAGUCUUGUGAACAGACGACACGCGAUAGCCAUAUCCCACACCACCCGGUCUCACUAACAAUACAGGCAAGAUGUCCGCCGGAAAAGUCAAGACCGCCCAGCUGUGGAGCAAGUCGAAGGAGGAUUUGAACACCCAGUUGUUGGAGCUCAAGUCGGAAUUGAUCCAGCUCAGGACGAGCAAGGUUGCUGGCGGUGCCUCCACCAAGCUCACCCGCAUCCAUGAUGUGAGGAAGGGCAUUGCUCGCGUCCUCACCGUCAUCAACGCCAACCAGAGGGCCCAGCUCCGCCUCUUCUACAAGGGCAAGAAGUACACUCCUCUCGACCUCCGAUCCAAGCAGACCCGCGCCAUCCGCCGAAGACUCACCAAGCACGAGGCUUCCCUCGUCACUGAGAAGCAGAAGAAGAAGGCCAUCCACUUUCCCCAGCGAAAGUUCGCCGUCAAGGCAUAAGCGUGCUACUGCAGUACGUUUGCGCGCGGGGGGUGUUGGUGUCUCUUCUUUCUUUGUCUCACACGAAGCAUUGCAUUGCCGGGGCAAAUUUCUUCUCUCUGUCAAGCUAUAGCGAGCGACCCACCACCCAAAAAUGUACCCUUUACAACAAUAAAAGAACCCCGUCCUGUCCUCGUUAAAAGAAUAUGAAAAACAACACCAACGCCUUGAGAUGGUUCCUACCUUGCUUGGGGGCGGUUACUGUCUAGAUAGGUGAUUGACUGAUUG